GUAUUGGUUUGUAGGGAUUUGGUUCUUCGUGAAUUCUGGCAAAUCUCUCCUUUGAAUAUUUUUGUACGAUACACAAAAAACAUUGUGGUGAUACACCAGGAUAGGCUGAUUAUUUCUCAGUAAUAUCGAUUAUGUGUAAAGCAGCAGCUGGAGACCAGUAGCGAUGGAAGAAUUUACAGCAAGUUAUCAAUCAACAGGUGAAAUUUAAAACACUAACGUUGACAACCGUGAACCUGUAGGUCCCUUCUUCGUUAGGUGAUUGUUAGCGUAAUGCACAAUCCACAGGGGAACAGCCUGGAUGGAAAGAUCACCAUUGGAUAGAUUUUUCAUGUUGUUUGUACAGAUAUCCCACCUCCGCGAUACCUAUUUAUAAUGUGCACAAUAGCAAUAGCCACAACUAAAAAAAAGGAAGAAGACGAAGAGGGAGUGAGAGAUGUGUGUGUAUGUAUUUUUACGAAGCAAAGCUUGAAGUGAUGAGUGGAUACAUAGCUAAUUGUCAUCGUUUAUAACAAGCCCAGUCAAAACGGUUCUCUUCUUGCUCCAGUAGAGUUACGUCAGCAUUUCUUUCUGAAAGAGAAGAGGUAAAGAACAGCUUAUUUAGUGACAUUGUGUGUUGGUUUUUAUCUCAUUUCACUAUCUUCUUGAUGUGAGCAAAGUUUCAAACCAAAUAUAUAAAUAAUUUUUAAAAGAAUGGUUAUUGAACUAAGAGUACUCUUUUCGAUAACCCCUUCAUCAUCAGGCUCUACAGUUAUAUAUAUAUUCAACAAUAUUGAUAGAUUACAGCUCAAUAGCGUCAACAUAAAAUAAGCUGAAUGUCAGAAAAAUUAGGAAAGAUAAUAGUACAAAUUCAUGAAUUUAUAGUUUCUACUGAAGGCCAGCCAGGGCAGUAGUCGGGGCUGGACUUGCUUCUUUUGAACAUAGAGCACUGGUUGUUUGAGGCUAAUUGCAAUAGGCUCUGUGUUUGAAGCAUGCGGUGCUUCGAUGAUUUUGGCAAUUUAUUAGGCACCCGGUAGAUUAUAGAUGGUCCAAUAUUGAACUGUUAAUGGUUUUCACUACACCUUUACUUAGCCAUGCUGGGAGAUAUUCUCGAGUGAGCACUAGAAAUCAAGUUCCUAGAGCAACGGCCAAUAUAACUCGCUCCACCAGAAGCGCAGUUGAAUUGGCAAAUACAAUUUUAAGUGGCUAGUUUAGAUACUUCAUCUUUCAGUCGAGGUAGCACCAUCGGUCGUGUAGAGAAUAAGACGUGUAGUUCACCAGCAUUAAAAGUUCUUUGAACUGAUUUUCUUAAUUUCCUCGUAAUUAUCUCACUUGGUAUAUCGCUCUUGAAUUCCAAUCGUACAUAAAGUGGCUUCUUGUUUACAGAUAGUGAGUAGUCCUUUUCCGCCGCUUUCUUUGUCAUGUGUUUCUUGAUAAAUUUUUUUCGGGAUAACUAUUUUUGAUCAGAGUAUCAUAUACAAGGCUUAAUUCAUCUUCAGUUACUUCUUCUGAGCAUGUAGCUCUAACUCUGUUGCUUGAGAGGAAUGAAGCUGUCAAAAUGUGCAUACCAUCCUGUCAAUUCACUUUUUCUAUGCAAAUUUCUUUUUAUGCUACCAUCUGGUUUUCUUGUAAGGAGGACACCCAGGAAGGCAAUUCCGUCUUCAGAUUCCUCUUCAAAUUGUGAAUUUCAUAGCCUAAUGUACUUCAUUGAAUUCAGUAAUUAUUGUACUCUUAUCCGAAUCCUUAUCCCACAGAAUGAAGGUGUCAUCCAUAUACCGACAAUAAAAUAUAUAUAUAAUAUAUAAAUAAUUCUUAUAUUUUAGUGAUUCAAUGAAUCGUGUUCAAUUGUUCAAUGUCUUGAAUAGACAAUGUAUCACCGGACAUGCGUUACGUGCAACUUAUACAACAAAAAGUACAACGACAACACCGACUGCCACGACACCACCAACAAAAUCGACUACUACAACAGACACCAAAAUUGAAAAAUCUGUAAAAUGUACCAAAGCAGACAGUAAAUUGUCGUCAACUGAAGCGGCGGUUACCUAUAAAGUCCCCGAAUAUUAUAAACAUCAAACAUUUUGUUAUUAUGACUCUGAAUUAAUCCUCAGGGAAUUUCGAUUGCCUCAACCUAAUCCUUUUUAA